AUGCGCUUAAUUAACACCAAUACGCUGGAACUAGAAGACUUCGCCAGCAAUGAUCUUAUUCCUCCCUACGCCAUUCUAUCCCAUACAUGGGGUGACGGUGAGGUGACCUUUCACGACUGGCAGGAUGGUGAAGCAAGAGUCAAGAAGAAGGGCUUCUACAAAAUUCAGUCAACAUGCAGACAGGCUGCCCACGACGGCUACUUACAUGCAUGGGUUGACACCAAUUGCAUUGACAAGAGCAGCUCCGCAGAGCUAUCGGAAGCUAUCAACUCCAUGUUCGCCUGGUAUGAAAAUGCCGCCGUUUGUUAUGUCUACAUGCCCGAUGUUAUACAAUUACCAACCAAGGGAUACGGCAUCUAUUUUCAAGAGAGCAGAUGGUUCACGCGGGGCUGGACGCUGCAAGAGCUCAUCGCCCCUCGAAACAUCGUGUUUUACGGCCGCGACUGGGAGAUGCUGGGGACAAAGACCGGGCUCGCCACGACCAUAUCGAAACGAAUCACGAAAAUUCCCAGAGAGUGUUUGCUGAACGAGCGGCCUCUCUCCAGCUUCAGCACCGCACAGAUAAUGUCGUGGGCCUCUUCACGCGUUACGACUCGCCCAGAAGACCAGGCGUAUUGCCUUUUAGGGUUGUUUGGUGUCAACAUGCCGCUUCUCUAUGGUGAAGGCUCCAAGGCGUUCGUGAGACUGCAGGAGGAAAUCAUCAAGAUAUCCGACGACCAGAGCAUAUUCGCCUGCGAUAUGGAAGCUCUGGCUAUGAGUGCCCCCAUGGCGACGUCCCCACACCUUUUCUCUGGCUCAUCCCAGGUGGAAAGACGAGCGCCUGCUGCUUCUCACACGACAACUCUCCCCCCAUUCUACUCCAUGACGAAUGCGGGUCUUUCUAUCUCUCUGCCCCUUGUAGACACACUCUCUCCUCAUUUCGUUCUCGGCAAGAUCAGCUGCAGGCUACCAGGAGACGGCGGCGGGCCUAUUCUGCUCCCGUUAUCCUCACAUGUGAGCGACUACCGCCAUCAGUACACACGCGUAUCCGUUCCCUCAGCAUGGAUCGCAAUGUUUUGUGACUCUAUCAAGAAACUGCUUCCCUUGUACGAAGAGAGUUCUGACUUCCCCGAAAAUUGGGCCGUCGACUUCGACCCCGAAGAGAUGACUAACAUCAUGAUCACGAUGCCGAAACAAGCUGAACAGAUCUAUCUCCAUAGAAGAGUCUUCAGCUCUUUGAGAAGAAUGGGCGCCAAGGUUUUCUAUCUCAUUGUAUUCCCACGAGGGCUAUCGGGGUAUCGUCUGUACGCUGCCGAUCCGCCAGAGGCCCUUGAAGAACGCACAAGCAUGAUGGCCAUGGUCGGAAAGAGCGACGCCGAUGAAGUCGGCAGAGGUCUUCUCAUUUUCAAGAAAAGAGGCUCCGGCCGAGAGGGCGGGCAAUACGUGGCAGUCUAUCUCGAGACGGGGCUGGACGAGGACCUUCCAUUAGAAGAGCAAUUUUAUGGAUGGCGCCGCAGGUGCCGUGUAUUUCCGAAUUGGAAUAUCCACGAUACUCUGAGGGAUGUCAAGCCUUUCGGCGAUGAGUUUCUUGGUGAAAGGGGGAGGGCGAGCUGGGUAGGCGACUUCCUGGUGACGCACAUGCCAGGGACUUCCACCGUCUUAGUAGCCGAAAUCAUCUUCGAUAUGAACCGAUUCCGGAACAUGAGAGGACGGAAAGGAUCGAUUAGCGAAACAAACGACUCACAACAAUACAGCAUGAUGCUGCGUGACUCAGAAGGAUCAGACAUUGAUCUGUAUGGAAGAACAGGCUCGGUAGUAGGGGCGUGA